UUAUUUGCUGACACCUGCGUAGGCUAAUACUGCAGUCAGUAUUCGUGUGUUUUUUAGGUGUUUUCGUUCUAUAUAGUAGUAGUAGUAUAAUUUAAAGGGAAACCUACAGGUCCUCUAUUCGGCGUGAUUUGUGAGGUUGCUGCUGUUACAUGACUGAAUGAAUGAAUGAAUGACAGAGACCAAGGGAAACGUAGUGAAACGUAUUGCUAUAGAAAAGGGCUGAACACAAACCGAGGAGCAGGAAACCUUCUCGUCCGCCUGCAUAACUCGCACCGGGUCGUUGGCUUCGUUCCUCCGCCAGCAUGCCGAGCAUGCUACAGUCAUACACGGUGACCGUACCUGAAGAGCCGCCGGCUGCAGCUUUCCCCUUUCUGAAGCAGGAGAUGCGGAGAAAAGGCAGCAUGUCCGGCUCGAUGCUGGUGUCCACUUUCGUAGGGCUCCUCAUUAACCAAGCCAAGAAUUCAAAGAGUGCCCAAGGCCUGGUAGGAUUAAAGAACCUAGGAAACACAUGUUUCAUGAACAGUAUCCUGCAGUGUCUCAGCAACACACACAGCCUGCGGGACUACUGCCUGCACAACUCGCACCGCAGAGACCUUAACAACAACAGCCGCACCAACACCGCCCUCAUGGAAGAAUUUGCCAAGCUGUUACAGACAAUGUGGACGUCGUCCAGCAGCGAGGCUGUCAGCCCGUCCGAAUUCAAAACGCAGAUCCAGAGAUAUGCUCCCAGAUUUGUCGGAUACAACCAACAGGAUGCUCAGGAGUUCCUGCGUUUCCUCCUGGACGGUCUGCACAACGAGGUCAACAGGGUCACUGUCAGGCCGAGAGGCUCGGUGGAGGACUUUGACCACCUGCCGGACGAAGAGAAAGGGAAGAAGAUGUGGAGCAAAUAUCUGGAGAGAGAAGACAGUAAGAUAGUCGACGUGUUCGUGGGGCAGCUGAAGAGCUCUCUAACCUGCAGCUACUGCGGGUUCUGCUCCACCGUCUUUGACCCCUUCUGGGAUCUCUCUCUACCUAUCGCCAAGAAGGGCUACGGUGAGGUGAGCCUGAUGGACUGCAUGCGGCUCUUCACCAAAGAAGACGUCCUGGACGGAGACGAGAAGCCGACGUGCUACAGGUGUAAAGCCAGGAGAAGAUGUACUAAGAAGUUCACAAUACAGAAGUUCCCCAAGAUCUUAGUGCUGCGUAUCCUUUCCUCAGUAGUGGCUG